GCGGGCAGCCAACAGCUCUUCCGCCAUCAUGGCGGCGCCCUGUGCAUGAGGUGAUGUCGGGCCGAGGCGUUUGGCUCCGGGCUCGAGCGCGGCUGCGGCGCUUCCCCGCUGUGUUGGCGGCGUGCGGGGAGCAGGCCGCAGCCUACGGGCGGUGCGUGGCCGCGGCAUCGGCCGGGAACGCGGAGCUGCGACGGGACGCGUGUGUGAGGGAGUUCUGGGCGCUGCGGGAGUGCUGCCAUAGAGCGGCGGCGGCGACGGCAAAGUGAUGAAGCUGACCGAGGUGAUGGAGGUGACCGAAGUGAUGGAGCUGACAGCUGGAGCUCAGGGUUGGCCUCUAUUACAACCCCAACCUCAGGCUCCUUCACCCCACGCAGCUUUUCCCCAUCAACCCGUUUAUUAAAGCACUAAAAUCAGA